AUGGCUUUCCGCGUACCAUCCUCGACGCCGCCCUCCACUCCAGACUCUCGUCGCUCAAGCAGACAUAACUUUCCCUCGACCACGCCCGCUGGCCCACCUCCUUCCCGGUACAUUCCCUCGUCAACCCCCGCCGGACCGCCUCCCUCCAGCUCGCAGUUCGGCGCCUCUAGACAACCUCAAUUCCAGAAACCUACAUUCAAAAGCUCGCCUCCCAAAAAGACCACGCCUUUUGCUAGCAGUCGUUUUGCCGUUCCUGACUCUACUCCACUUGGAAGCUCUGCCAAUCGGGGUCGCUCUGGCUUCCGCGCUCCGGGAAGCAGUCCGCCGUAUGGGUCUGACGAGGACGAGGAACAACAUAGCGACGAAGAUGAUGUAGAGGCUAUGCGCGAAUUGGAAACGAGUGAUGACGGCGUCGAUGACUCAGAUAACGGAGACGAGGGCGAAGAAUAUGGCGAAGAGGAGGAGGAUGAGGAAAUGGAGGAGGACGAGGGUUAUGACGGUGUAGCCGACGAGAGCCAAACCUUUGCUUCAAGACAGAGAAAGUACGAUUUCCUCACGAUAGCGAAAGGCAUAGUGGGACCCCCGGCGCGGGAAUUGACUGAGCCCGAUGAGAUGAUACUGGAGACGGAGAAGCUUCUAGGAAGAUUGAGCGAAUCCGAGAACAAUAACAACCCAAUGGCGAGGAGCGAAACUAUUGCAGAUGUUGCGCAACAGCUGCUGCGACUGUGGAGGCAGUUCUCGCGGACGUCGUUCAAAAGCAGUGUGCACGGCGCAGGACCGCCAAAUACGGAAUCAUCAAUCACGAAAGCCAACUAUUUGGUUAGUCUGUUGCUCCAGCUUCACUACCCGGCACCACCAUCCAAUUUGGGCCGAUCAUCUAUGUUCGGCCUCUCUAGACGAGACGCUCAAAGGAGUUCGCCGAUCCCCAAGAUUCUGCUCGACUGGAUGAACACAUACCACAGGCCGGAUACUGAAAUCGGACAUGUGCUGAGAGAGCAACGCGGCUACUCUGCGAAUCCAGGUUAUUGGGAUGCUGUCAAAUACUCGGUUCUCCGUGGAAACUUCGCCGCAACCAUUAAGCUAUUGAAGGGCGGAAGAUUUGAUGUUGCGGAAACAGCACCUAUAGACGGAUUCGGGGAUCAAGGAUACGAAGGCGUCCAAUUGAAGAACAUCAACGCUGUGGUCAGUGAUGCGAUCGCGUUGAUUCAAGAGUGCCCUGCCGUCGCAUCUGAUGACUGGGAUGUGAAAGGUCACGACUGGAACCUUUUCCGGAAACAAGUUUCGCAAACAAUUUCAGAUCUUCGAGAGUUUGCAGAAGGAGACAGCCCGAACCGAACCAGCCAGCAAUCCGAAUCGGAUCCUUUCGGAAUGUCGGCUUCCCACAACAACCUAACCAUGCAGAGCCGGAAAGCUGAGAGUAACGUUCCAUGGUCGAUAUACGAGAAUCUACUCGUCCUUUACAACCAGCUUCUAGGAAGCCCGGACGAAAUCCUUGGUAUAGCCGUAGACUGGACUGAAGCUGUGCUUGGACUCGCCAUCUGGUGGGACGGUGACGAUGAGGAUGGUCCUAAAGGUUCCCUUGCUGCUAGCCGGCGAUCACUGGCACGAUCUCACGGAACACGGGUAGCAGAUGUAACGCCAACGUCAGCCUAUCGUCAAAAGCUCUGCUCUGCCCUUGCAAGAGUCAUAGAGAUGAACGAUUCGAGUCUCAGCAUCAACGUGUCUAGCCCCACAGACGUGGGUUUGGCAUGCAUAUUUGAUGGCAACUUGGAAGGACUGGCGUACAUACUCCAAAACUGGUCUGUUGUUCUCGUGACUGCCGUCGUGGAGAUUGCGAGCGCGGACAAUUGGCUGAAACCGGCUUCUAACGACGACGUAGACGGCUUUGACAAGUCUGAUCUGAUGGUUUUGAGUUACGGACGGCAAGGAGAGAAGCAUCUAGAUAAGGACGACAUGCUGAUUCGGUAUGCCGAAUGUCUUAGACGGAAGGAUAUUGUGCGCAGUCCCAACUUACAAACCACUCAAGAAGGCUGGGAACUAGCAAUCCAAGUUGUAGGCCGCCUCGAUGAUGAGAAUCUCGCAAACGAAUUCAUCGGGAGAAUGCUCCGCUCGCUGGAACUGUCCUCGAGAGAACGGGUUGAUAAGAUACUCGAUCUUUGCACGAGUCUGGGCUUCGUCGAUCAAUCUAAUACCGUUGCGGAGAAAUAUGCCGAUCAACUUCGUAGCUCUACUCGCAAUUAUGGAGAUACGCUGCUCUACUAUGCCCGAGGCCACCAACCACAGAAGAUCCAGGAAGUGCUUCAGAUCCUAGUCUCCGAGUGUCUAGUCCAUUCCGUCUCAUACCCACCUGUCCCCGACCUAGACGACCGCCUAAAAGCGUUCAUCACCUCCCCCCAACGCACCCUCACCGACCUCUCCCGCACAGACCUCGAAGCCGCCCAACUCCUCUCCACCUACCUAAGCGGCUACGCCACGGUCCGCAAGUUCUACGACCUCCGCGACGAAGCUGUCAACCUCAAACCGGGCGAGAAACCGUCCCUGCGACCCAUGGCGCGCAAGCUUGCCGCCGCCAACGCGCUCAUGGUCCUCAUCUCCAGCGCGUCGUCCAGCAUCCGCGGCGGGCUGUACGACCCCGCCGUCGAGACGGUCAUCCAGGUCGACGUGCUGCUAUCCCUGCUCGGCGAGGCCCUCGUCUUCGUCAACCAGCCCAAACGCGCGCUCACGCUGCCGCACCUCUACGCCCUCCUCGCCGCCAUCGAGGACCUGCAGACCGCGCCGUCGCUCAUCUAUAAGCAGGCCGAGGAGUGCUUCGCCACGACCCUCGCCACGGCCCGCGGUGCGGACCCGCCGGGGUCGCCGCGCUCGCGGCUCACGAAGUCGACGUCGAAUCUCACGACGGCGUCGAGCCAGUUCUCGCUCGUUGGGAGCUCGAUGCUGGGGGAGGGGUCGUCGGGGGGCGACAGGAGCACGGAGAAUAGCGGGGUGCUGGUUAAAGGGGGGAAGAGCGAAGCUAAGCGGGCGUGGGAUUGGCGGGGUGGGUUUGACAAGGCGGCGAAGGGCGAGGAUGUGAUUAGGUUGCUGAGGUUGGGGAUUGCGGAGGAGAUUGGGAGAGCGUGGGUGGAGGAGUAGGUGUAGGAAGGGGGAGCGAGUGGCAGUCGGAGGGGGGACGGGAUCAGUACGUAUACCAUCAGCUGGGCGAAUUUCAGUGAGUGAAGAAGACAGGCGAUUUGGACUUUGAAUCAGGCGUGUGUGCCUUUCUUUUGCGUAACAGGGGGGAGGGGGGAAUGGCACACCAUAAUACCGCCAAGUAGAGCCGCGAGAGAGAGAGAGAGCCCUAUAAUACCUAAAGAAUAACCCCCACUUUCCAUCCCUUCCUCUCCUCCCACAACCUGGGGCUCACCCUACGCACGCUCUCUCACAAAAGUCCUUCCUAUUGCGGCAACCGCCACCCCCUACGAAUCCAGCAAAUCCAGCAAAAAGUGUUGAACACAGACGCGGAGGCGGCGAAGCACUCCGUUCCCGUCGUGAGCCAAUACUUAGGGACCAAGGGUCUGUUU